AUGUCGCUCCCGCCGCUGUCGAAAGAGAUGGAGGACAAGCUGGAGCAGUGGGUCGCCGCCAAGCGCCAGCGCGACUUUGAGACGUCGGACCGGAUCCGCGCCGAGAUGAAGGACGCGGGCAUGGAGGACAAGCUGGAGCAGUGGGUCGCCGCCAAGCGCCAGCGCGACUUUGAGACGUCGGACCGGAUCCGUGCCGAGAUGAAGGACGCGGGCGUCAACCCGGAGGAGUACCGCCCGCCGCCGGGCAAGGGAGGCGGCGGAGACGCACCCACACGAAACGCGCACCAUGCGACGCGCCUCGCGUACUGGGUUGUGCAGAGGGUGAAGAGCGCAUAG